AUGGCAGGCUCCGGGGGAAAGAGCAUCUUCCCUGAAAACCCCUACCACGUCCCUGGCUAUGGGGGCUAUGUUCCCCAGUUCACCUUCACCUUUGGGGACACCUAUGGCAGGACCACCCACGAGCUGCUGACAGAUCCCAGUGUCAGGAAGAGCCCUCGCUCCCUGCUGGCACCACUGGACUCCAAGGAAAACCUCCUCCAGUACCAUUACCACAUUGACCACCCAGGUUAUGUCACCUACCAGACCAUCACGAGCCCUCCCGAGAUCCCCCUGGGGCCUCAGCCUGUGCCCACAGUGCUGGAGGAGCCGGUGCAGCCCCCCAUGGUCGAGCAGCUGAACAGGGAGCUGGCCAUGGCACCCCUGGCACGGCUGCUGGGCAAAGGGACAGGGUCCUGCCAGUGCCAAUGUGAAGGGACAAAAACGCUGGAAACCGGAGGUGUGGCACUGCCAGGAGGGGUUGCAGCAGCAGAUUACACCCUGCCAGUGCUGCCAGUGCCCAAUGCCAUCCGACAGAAAGCCACCUUAGGGUACACUGGCUACAUCCCCUGCUCCCUGGACAAUGUUGGCAUGACCUACCUGCUGGGUGUGAAGAAAGCCAUGCAGGAAUUUGACCGUCGCCAGCUUUUAGAGAGAAAUCCACCUUACACGUUGGGCAGGAGAUUCCCUCUGACACACUGGCCAGACACCAAAAUUUACACCCGUGCUGGACUCAUCCCCAACUACAUGGGCUUUGUACCACAUCUGCAGGACAUCUGUGGGCUCACCUAUGGGGACGGCACGCGGGAGUCGUACCGCUGGGAACAGAGGAGACGGGGACUUGCACUGUGA